AUGCCCGUCCCGGAUCUCGCUGACCGCAGCCUCUUUCCUCCGUUUCUGGAGCUCCCCGAAGAUGGCGAGCCGUCCAACACAGAGUCGGCGGCUGUCACCCUUCUCGCCCAGGUCAAGGACAACAUGACCAUCACCAAGCCGACACUCGUCCUCACCGACCGCGACGGCACGGGCUUCGCGCUUGUCUUUGACGGCCUGGAGCGCGACGGCCUGGACCUGGGCAAGCUCGGGUUGAAGAAGGGGGCGACGGCGGUUGUCCAGGGGGCACGGCGGACAGUGCCUGUCCAGAGCGGCGACGCCGCGUCGUUGACGGCAAAAGCGGCGCGCCGGCCGUUUCUGCGGGUCGCGCCCGGGCAGGCGCACACUGUGCGGGCAGUGCCUGCCCCGCUCGACCAGACCGUGGCGAUCGCCAGCAAGCUGCGGGCACGGCAAGAGCGGGCCCAGCAGGAGGGGCACCAGCACUGCGAGGCGUGCGGCGCGGCAGGCACAGGCGCGGCAGGCACAGGCGCGGCCACGGAAGGCAAGACGCUGCUCAAAUGCACAGGCUGCAGCCAGACCUGGUAUUGCGAUCGGGUAGACAUGCCAGACAAAAGGCUGGAACAGCGGCCACAAAUCAGAGUGCAAAGCUCUCAAGGCGUUGUCUGCCAUCUGGAGCGAGUAGCACCAUGUCUACAUCGGGACCUGUGGCAGAUGCGACCGGAGAUUUCGCCGACGGAGUUCCUUUUCCGGGGCGCCAUGACGUUACUUGGCGUUCGUGCCACCCCGCAGCCAGGCCUUCGCCUUCUGCGCCUCCGGUUCACCGUUAUCCGGCCAAACGGCCAGAAUUAUCCGGCCACGAAUCAGUGCCUUGAAAGGCCCGCUAACAGCCCCCAAAUCAGCACCCGACCGUCAAAACAGCACUCCUCAGAAGAGGUCUCCCGCUACGAUGUACGAAUCGUAUACGAUUUCGAUUGGGGUCUACGAGACUGGCCGCCGGAUGCUUGCGUACGGCUAUGGUACAAAAUACAAAGUCUGCAGGUCAAGAUGAAGUUGAUGUAUCGUUUUGUAUCUCGUCCAACCACCAAUUUCCGUAUUUUCCGGGCCGUACCACAUGAGAAGGAUUCCGAGCAGUACGAUGCUGACGGUCGAAACGACCAUGAAAGGGACUGCUACGAAGAGGAGGUCAAUAAAAAGCAGAAGGAGUCUCGUGCGCUGUACGCACAGCAUCGUCGGCUGUAUCUCACUUACAACAAAAGCGGACAGUCUAGCGGCGUCACGCGACGCCUCCUCCACGGCCGCACAAUGAAGUUCAAGGAUGCCCCCGAGUACGUCCCUACCGACCCCAACAGCAAGGGCGGUCCCCGCAACGGUCCCUAUGCCGAGCUCGACCCCCAUUUUGCGGCGGCCCGCGCAGGCGCCGAGGCCAUCAUGGACACGCUGUGGAAGGCCGACGACUGGGAAACGUUCCGCAACAACUGGAAGGGCGAGAGUCCGCUGCCCGAGGGGACGCCGAAACCAGGCGUCGAUGUCGAGGCAUCGUACAUCAAGGUCCCCGCGCGGGACGGCCACGAGAUUGAGCUCAAGAUAAUGAAAUCCGCCAAAUCCACCAAAUCCGCCGCCACCGCCGACGACACCAUUGUCGUCCUGCGCAUGCACGGCGGCGGCUGGGCCAUUGGCUGGCACGACACCGAGGUGAUUGAGAACCUGCACGCCGCCAGCCACCCCAACGUCGUGCUGGCGAGCAUCGACUACCGCCUGGCGCCCGAGUACCCGUUCCCGACGCCGCUCAACGACUGCAUCGACGCCUUCCAGUGGGUCAAGGCCAACGCCCGCGAGGCGCUGCACGCCAACCCCGAAAAGAUUGUCCUGCUCGGCGGCAGUGCCGGGUCGGGCCUGUCGCUGGCGCUGGCGUUGCAUGCGCGCGACCACAACAUCUCCGGCAUCAUUGCGCUGGCCCUGGACUGGCCCACCGGCGCACACCCCAAGUUCUUUCCCGAGCUGCGCGAGCGCUUCGGCUACGAGCUCGAGAGCUACGUGCAGGUUCCCAACGGCGUCGUGUCCGGCGCUCUCAUCAUGGAGUUCUUUUUGGACGCCUACACCCCCAACGUCCAGCACGACGUGCGCCACUCGCCGCUGCUGGCCGACACCUUCGCCGGCCUGCCGCCCGCCUUCUUGCAGAUCGCCGGAUUCGACACGCUGCGUGAUGAGGGCGUGGCCGUUGCCGAAAAGCUGCAGCGCGGCGGUGUGCCGACUGAAGUCCACAUCUACCAGGGCCUGCCGCACUGCUUCUCCAUGCUCUUCACUGACCUGCCCCAGGCCAAGGAGUAUCAGGCUCGCCAAAACGCCUUCUUGGAGAAGACCAUCAAGCUGGCCAAUGCGAAGUAA